UUAACCUCAAAAGUUUUGAUCGUAUUUGUCUUGUUUUCGUCGAAAGUCCCGCAGAAAAUUCCCAUAAAACCGCAUGAAAUGGCAGCCGACGACAAAUUCCAACUGUACGUGUACGAAGGCGACUACGGUCUCGUCUCGCUCGAACCGGAAUGCAUCCAAUCAAUACUGUACACAAAAAUAGCCGGAGUGCCUGCCGAGGUUAGGCAUUUGAGCAACUUUAAAUACUGCGUGAAAUACAGUGCCCCGAGUCUAGUUAACGGGAAGUUAGUAUCGACGAACUUUGAUAAAAUGGUUACGUACUUUAGAACUAAGAACUAUAACAUAGACCAUUUCCUAAGUGCGAAACAGUGCAGUGAGAUGUACGCCCUAAUUUCCCUGGUGAAUGCAAAGUUAAGACCGAUAUUGGACUACGUGUACUGGGUGGACGUUAGAAACACGGAAGACUUUACGUUUAUGUGGUACAUCAAGGCUUUGCCACUGCCAUUCAAUUAUACGUACCCAAGAAAAGAGAAGAACAAGGCCUCAGACCUGAUGGAUGCUUUGUAUCCAAUGGACACAAAUUUAGAUAUUAUCAAAGGGUAUCUACUGAGUUCGGCCACUCAAUGUUUGACUGCCAUUUCAGCUCGGUUGGGCACACUUGAUUUUAUGUUCGGUAGCUCACCAACAACAUUAGACAUAGUGAUAUACAGUUACAUUGCUCCUUUAAUAAAACUUCCAUUUCCAUCAAAUGAAUUUGGAAAUUUGUUUAGCCUGUGGCCCAAUUUAGAAGCUUUUGUUAAACGAAUGGAUGCAAAGUACAUGCCUAACACCCCUAUAGGACCAAAGUAUUUGAAAAAGGAAGACAAAACCAAAACAGCCAAUGAUGAUGAUAUAUCAUACACUGCCGUUGCAAUAAUUACAUUAAGUGCGUUCUCAUUAUUAUUUGGAUUUGCUGCCAGCAGAGGACUGAUACAAACACAGCAUUUAUAAAACUGUAUAAAUUGUAAUGUAGAAAUUAUUUAUUUGAUAUUACUUGACUGUAAAUUGUUGAAAGUGAUUUUUGUAUUAAAUUUUUGGCAAUAAAUAGAUAUUUUGAUGAAAAAUA